AGAAAAAUGACAGAGACAGAAAAUUAAAAUAAACAAUAAAGCGAAUUUUUAUAAAUUAACAAAAUAUUUCGUAAUUAAUUGUUAACAACACGCGUCAUCGUACAAAUAACGAACCUUGUCCCCGAUCGUCACUAAAAUCAAGUUAUUCAAAUUAUUUCUCAAUCUUUGAACAAUGAAGUCGAAGAUUUGUUUUCAGUGUAGUUUUACCUAGCUUAGCAGCGAUAUUAUGUAUAAAAAUACAUACUUUUUUAUAUGAAACUGCUACAAAAUUCAGUAAUUAAUAAUGACUUUAUAUCAGAAGGAAUAUGAAGAUAUUCUGAGUGCAAGAAGGGCAGAAUUCAGCAACUGGUUUUGGGCUUCGAGACAGUUAAAUAUUAAAUACCCUGUGGUUAUAAAUCCCAAACCAACUCCAGAGUCACAUAAAUAUGCUGUAUUAAAGAGUCUUAAAAUUCGAAAUUUAAUAGAAGAGAUAAGCCAGCGUAAGAAUGUAAAUAAAAAAGAUAUUGAAAACGAUGUAAGACAAAUUUUAGAUGAAAUCGGAUACAAGAAAAAUAUGAAAAUUAUACGAUGGCUAGCUCUAGUUUUGACAAAAAUAUGUCUGAGAGUUUGUACGGGUAUUUAUGUUAAUUAUGAAGGUGUAGCAGAGCUGAAAAACCGAAUGGGUGACUGUCCUGUGAUAUACGUGCCAUCUCACAGAAGUUACGCAGAUUUCAUUUUGUUCUCCUAUAUCUGUUUUACCUUUGACUUGGAAAUUCCAGCCAUUGCAGCGGCUAUGGAUUUUCAUGGGAUGAUGGGCAUGGGUGAAAUGCUGCGAAAUACUGGAGCUUUUUACAUUAAAAGGGCUUCAAACAGUGAUCCGAUAUAUUGGCCAACUUUUAAAGAGUAUAUUUAUCAGUUGGUAGCAAAUGGUGAUGAGCCAAUUGAGUUUUUUAUCGAGGGAACUAGAAGUAGAAGUAAUAAGAGCUUAGCUCCAAAAUACGGCUUGAUAAUGAUGAUUUUAAAAGCCUUUUUCCUGGGACAAGUACCCGACAUCCUUUUCGUACCUGUUAGUAUUAAUUAUGACAGAAUAUUAGAGGAAAGCUUGUUCAGUUUCGAAUUGUUAGGAAUACCCAAGCCAAAAGAAAGUACAUCUGGAUUUUUCAAGUCGCUGAAAAUAAUUAAAGAAAAUUUUGGAAAUAUGUAUAUUCAUUUUGACAAACCUAUAUCGAUAAGGGAGUACUUUGGAGCAAAACUAGACAGAACAGCUCACAGUUUUGGCCCUUUACACAUUCAGGAAAUCACAGAAGAAGAAAAAGCAUAUAUACCCCCUCUGGCACAUGAAAUAGUACAGAGACAACAAAAAAGUACCGUUCUUAGUUGUUUUAAUCUCGUUUCUUGGGUGAUGAACUAUAAUUUAACCAAAGGAAAUAAAUUUAUAAGUAGAAAAGAACUAGUGUUUGAAAUGAAUGCUUUGAAAGAGAUACUACAAGAAUGGGGUGCAAGAAUAUUUAUAACUGAUAUACAAAAUGAUAUAAACGAAUGUCUAAAAGUUCAUUCGAAUUUAAUCUAUGAAAUAGAUGAUAGAAUAGGAUUAGUGGAGAACAAAAUUGUUGUUGGGCCAGUGAAUCCAAAUAAAUUAAAAGGGCAUUCUUUAACAGAGGACACUAUAGCAUAUUCUGUACCUUUUGUAAUGUUACAAAUCUAUGUUAAUCCUGUCCUGCACUAUUUAGUCGAUGCUGCUUUGAUUGUUAUCAUUUUAAGAAGUCCUGGUACCAUGAAAAAAGAUGAUCUUUUUGUGCAUUUUCGUACUUUACGGUCUAUCUUCUGCCUUGAAUUUGUUCUUUUAGAAAGUUGGUGUAAAAUGAAUUUUGAAGAAGCAUUGCUCAGAUUAAUAGAACAGAAAGUAGUUACUGUUAAUAAUAACGAAUAUAGUAUUUUUGAGCAAAAUUAUCUGGAAGAAGUAUUAAUAAGUAGUAUUCAGCCUUUUAUCCUAGCUUAUUUUAUUGUGACUGAAGUAUUACAGAAAACAUUAGAACAAAUUAGUGAGAAAGCUUUAUUGGCAAACUUUCAAAGACUCCUGGAAGAUGCUAUUUCAGAAAAGAAAAUUUUUAUUCAUCCGUACUGUAUGACUUUGGAUACCUUGGGGAACUGUUUGAAUUCGCUAACGAAUAAAAAAAUGUUACAUAAAACUAGACACGAUGGUCAAUAUGUGUACGAAGUAGAUAGAGGCAGGAUCCUCAGACUUAGGAAAGAAUUAGAGAUGUACAUUCCGUCGUUCCGCGUUAUAAAAAACUUCGAAAUAUUUUCGCAUAUUCGCAGUAAAAUAUGAAGAACUUGCCAUUAUGCCCCAGUAUACACACAUUCCUAGAAGUAUUUUUUCUAAAAGUAUUGUCCUUUUUGUAUUUUUAAAAGUUUGUUACAAAAUUAAGUAUUGUUUAAGUAUUACCUUGUGCUGUUUUUUUAAAUAAAGUAGUAAAUGCCAA